CCUUGCUACUACAAACUUCGUUUUGCCUUCAUUUUGGAACAAAAAUUCACAUCUUUUUGAAUUCAAAUCCUUCAACGUUCACCAUUACUUCUCGUGAGGCUUCAAGCAAUUACUGAAAUCUUCAGCUCCUCCAUCGACCAAAUUUGGGGGAUCCUCGUGAUGAAGAGCUCUUAUAUUUCACGAGUUUCAUAUUUUACACUCAGAAUUGCAGAAACGCUUCCCAGAUUUGAAUUCUCUUGGCCUCCUUCAAAUACCCAUCAAAAUUUGAUCCAAAAUCAUGAACUCAUCUCCAACAAUCAGUGCCUUGUUCUUGGAAGAAAACUAUGGAUUUCAACUCCCAAAUGCUUCUUCUUUCAACCCUUUUCCUCUGUUUUCUUUCACUUCAAGUUCAAGCAGACACUUCCACUCUUCAAACUUACUUAAUUCAACUCCAUCCACAGGGAUUAACCAGCUCUCCCUUUUAUUCUAAGCGUCAAUGGCAUCUUUCUUUUCUUGAACAAACUCUAUCUGCUGAAGAAGACUCUUCUUCUCGAUUGCUUUACUCAUAUUCUAACGCCAUGGAAGGAUUUGCAGCUCAGUUAUCUGAAACUGAGCUUGAGUAUUUGAAGAAGUUGCCUGAUGUUGUAGCUGUGAGAGCUGAUAGAAAAUAUGAAAUUCAAACUACUUAUUCUCCUAAGUUCUUGGGGCUUAGUUUAGGCACACAAGGUGUUUGGUUUAAUUCCUCAAUGGGCGAAGGAGCGAUUGUUGGGGUUCUUGACACUGGAGUUUGGCCUGAGAGUCCAAGCUUUAGUGAUUCCAGAAUGCCCCCAAUUCCUCAAAAAUGGCGAGGGGCUUGCCAAGAAGGCCAAGAUUUUAACUCCUCAAAUUGUAACAAGAAACUCAUUGGCGCCAAGUUCUUUAUCAAAGGACACCAUGUGGCUUCAUCCCAGCCAUCUGAUGUUGACCAGGAGUAUGUCUCCCCAAGAGACUCCCAUGGCCAUGGAACUCACACGUCUUCUACAGCUGCAGGAGCUUCAGUCGCUGAAGCGAGCGUGUUCGGUAAUGGAGCUGGCGUGGCGCAAGGGAUGGCCCCAAGAGCUCACAUUGCGGUGUACAAAGUUUGCUGGUUCAGUGGCUGCUAUAGCUCUGAUAUUGUAGCAGCCAUGGAUGCUGCAAUAAGGGAUGGUGUUGACAUUCUCUCCCUUUCGCUCGGUGGCUUCCCGCUUCCAUUUUUCGACGACAGUAUCGCCAUCGGAAGCUUUCGAGCAAUGCAGCAUGGCAUCUCAGUCAACUGCGCAGCAGGAAACAAUGGUCCAAUUCAAAGCUCUGUUGCCAAUGUAGCUCCUUGGAUCACCACCAUUGGUGCAAGCACACUCGACCGAAGAUUCCCGGCUAUCGUUCGACUAAGAAAUGGGGAAUUCAUUUACGGCGAAUCAAUGUACCCUGGCAACAAGUUCAAACAUGCUACCAAAGAACUUGAAGUGGUUUACUUGACUGGAGGACAAAUGGGAGGUGAACUUUGCUUAAAAGGGUCUCUUCCAAGAGAACAAGUAGAAGGAAAAAUCGUGCUCUGCGACCGUGGCGUCAAUGGCAGAUCCGAAAAGGGGCAGAUUGUGAAGGAAUCUGGAGGAGCUGCCAUGAUCCUUGCAAAUACAGAGAUAAAUCUAGAGGAAGACUUGGUCGAUGUUCAUGUUUUACCGGCCACGUUGAUCGGAUUUGCCGAGGCGAAUCGGUUAAAAGCUUACAUGAACACAACAAGCAAUCCAAAAGCCAGAAUCCAAUUUGGAGGAACUGUGAUAGGAAGAUCAAGAGCUCCAUCUGUGGCUCAAUUUUCAUCAAGAGGACCAAGCCUCACCAAUCCUUCAACGCUCAAGCCUGAUGUAAUUGCUCCUGGGGUCAACAUUAUAGCAGCUUGGCCACAAAAUCUUGGUCCAACUGGCCUUCCAGAAGAUUCUAGAAGGUCAAACUUCACUGUCAUGUCAGGAACAUCCAUGGCUUGUCCCCAUGUCAGUGGAAUUGCGGCUCUAAUCCAUUCAGCUCAUCCAAAAUGGACAGCAGCAGCCAUUAAAUCAGCCAUAAUGACAACCGCUGAGGUUACAGAUCAUUAUGGUAAGCCAAUUCUUGAUGGCAGCAAACCAGCUGGCGUUUUUGCAAUGGGAGCUGGUCAUAUAAACCCAACCAAAGCAAUUGAUCCUGGUUUAGUUUAUGAUAUAAAGCCAUAUGAAUAUGUCAUUCAUCUUUGUGCUCUUGGAUACACUCAUUCAGAAAUCUUCAUCAUAACCCACAUGAAUGUGAGUUGCCAUAAGGUUUUGCAGAUGAACAAAGGCUUCAGCUUGAACUAUCCUUCCAUGUCCGUCGUUUUUAAGCACAAGACGACGAGUAAGGCAAUUUCGAGACGAUUGACGAAUGUGGGGAGCCCAAAUUCCAUCUACUCGGUGGAAGUAACGGCACCUAAAGGCGUUCAAGUUCGAGUCAAGCCUCGGCGCUUGGUGUUCAAAUAUGUUAACCAAAGUUUGAAUUAUAAGGUAUGGUUUAUGUCUGAGAAGGGAAAAGAAGGAAGAAAGGUGAGCUCUUCAGAAGGGCAUUUGACAUGGGUUCAUUCUGAGAAUGGGAAAUACAAAGUUAGAAGCCCAAUGGUGGUGACUUGGAAGAAUUAAAGUCGCAUAAUAUGAUUCACAAAGAUAUUGAUAGUGAUAGUGAGUCACAGUCAGGUUAGUUUAAUAAUCCUUAGAAAUUUUUACUAUAUAUUUCUCCCUCUUCUAAUAGAGGCAAGACCUGGUUUGAUGUACUUGUCUUCCGGUCAUUACAUGGUUGAAAUUAAA